AUGAAUUCAUCUGCUCUAACACCUGGAUUUAGUUUAUCUGCAACAGCCUAUGAUCGUUUUCUGAGUUCUGAAGCGAUAGAAAGUCUCCUUUCUGGGAGUGAUGAGGCACUGGUUACCAGCUACCACGUGAUUCGCCAUUUUAUCACACCAGCCAUUUGUCUUCUUAGCAUAGGAGCACUUAUAUUUACACUUUUUUUUCUCCACCGUCGAAAGUUAGUCCGUGUAACCGCUUUGAUUUAUCUCAAGUUCAUGGGAUUCAUUGAUUUGUUGAGCCUAAUCGUUUUAUUUGUCUCUUCAUUGGACUACUUCAUGUCCUCCAGACAAGUACACGUCUACUACACCUCUGCUUUUGCCCGCUGCCUCUAUGGGUGCCUUUUGGGGCUGCUCCUGACAUCCAACUGGCUAAUGACAGCACAGGCUAUUGAGCGCACAAUUGCUAUAAGUCGUCCUUUCAAGGCUAAGCAGAUCCGAGAAAAACACAGGAGGAUAGCGGUAUCAGCUAUUUGUGUAUUAGCUUUGCUGCUGACAAUCCCCACCUUGGUUUUGGACAUUAUGGAACUAACCAGAUAUCGACAAUGCUGGGGUACCCCGCACAGCGACAAGCCCUGUAUUGAUAUAGAUCAGGUGGCAGAACGAUUCCAGAUGGCCUACAACCAUGAACACAUGGUAUGA